CUGCUGCAGCUGCACACACACAUCGAACUUCCUCCUCCUCCUCCUCUCUCUCGUUCUACCUCCUCCUCUUCUUCAUCACUGCAGCUCUCGCCGACGGCAGGUCCACUGGAUGGUGGAGCCCUCUUUUUCCUCCCUUCAUCAUAUAUACACACAAACACACACACAGAGCGAGAUUGAGAGAGAGAGAGAGAGAGAGAGAGAGAGAGACCGACAGACCGACACACUCACGCAGGACCGCGGGAUCGCUGUCCGGGCUGUAGUUCGGGACGCGCGGGAGACUCCACGCAUUCUCCGGAUUUCAGCGGACCUCGGUAACCUCAGGCUCCCUCUCCAUCUGUCGGACUGCUGCUUUUAAAGUGCUGGUUGUGUUUGAGGCGGAGCGACACAGAAAAGAAGAGCGGACAACUUGAUAAUAGGCAAUUGAACUGAUUAGAUGAUAGGCCUUAUGUGGAUUUGUCAAAGAUGAACCGCGUCGAGACGAUGCGCUGAGACGCAAACGGCCCAGGCUCUCCGGUUGUGCGCUCAUCCAGAGGCUGCAGCUAACGGAGAGAGAGAGAGAGAAGGGUGGACUGCGGAAGAAAAGAGAGAGGGGAAGAAAAAAAAAGCCAAGAGGUUUCUGCUCCAUAAAGGUUGUGCCUGACUCAAAAAGGAGCGAGUCUCGCCCCUGGAACAGGGGGCGGAUCAGCGGAGAGGUAGAAGUCUAUCCAAACGAUGGCCACCCUACUGCGGAAGAUCGGUCUGAUCCGUCUGCACGACCGAGACACGGAGGACCCGAAGCACCACCAGGGCUCGCUGAAGGGGACCAAGGGGAACCAGAAGAACAACGCCAACAAACACUGUCAGACCGCCAACGAGACCAACCUGCUGAGCACCCCGGAGAUCAAGGCGAGGAAGCUGGACCAGCACGGCAAGGACAAGCAGGGCAAGGAUGCGAAGGAGAAGCAGCAGACGGUGGGUGGAGGCGGAGGUGGCGGCGGAGGAGGAGGUGGCGGCGGCGGGAGCAAAGCCUCCAGCGCCUCCUCCGUGCCGCCACUGGCGCCCCACCGGCAGCACUGCACCCAGGUGCGGACGCGGCGGCUGAUGAAGGAGCUGCAGGAGAUCCGGAGGUUAGGGGACAACUUCAUCACGGUGGAGCUGGUGGAGGACAACCUGUUCGACUGGAACGUCAAGCUGCACCAGGUGGACAAGGACUCGGCGCUGUGGCAGGACAUGAAGGAGACCAGCACCGAGUUCAUCCUGCUCAACGUCACCUUCCCCGACAACUUCCCCUUCUCGCCGCCGUUCAUGCGGGUCCUCACGCCGCGCCUGGAGAACGGCUACGUCCUGGACGGCGGGGCCAUCUGCAUGGAGCUGCUGACCCCCCGCGGGUGGUCCAGCGCCUACACGGUGGAGGCGGUGAUGAGGCAGUUCGCUGCCAGCCUUGUAAAAGGACAGGGCCGUAUUUGCAGGAAAUCAGGAAAGUCCAAGAAAGCUUUUAGUCGUAAAGAGGCUGAGGCCACAUUCAAGUCCCUGGUGAAGACCCACGAGAAGUACGGCUGGGUGUCCCCGCCCAUUUCCGACGGCUGAGUGUCCUGCCGCCAUCCCUCCACCCGCCCGUGCUAGCCGGAGAGAAGAAGAAGAAAAAAAAAAAACAAGCUAGCCUCGACACGCAAAACAACACACCAUGCUAACUCAAAAA